CCUGUUUCUUAUAUGAGAGUUGUCCUGUAGCAGUAGUGACUUCUUCGUAGUAGUAAUUAUAACAAUAAUAAUAUAAAUAAUAAAACCUUUAUACGACGUGGGACGGCCUAGCCCGUUAAUUCCGACCUUAUAAAGAUGGUGGAUUUAAAAAGUGUCAUUUCCGGUCGUGCCCCCCAGAAGAUUGUGAUGACCUUACAUAAAUGGCGCAUUGCUACUGAAAUUUGCAAGGAACCCUAGUAUCUGAUAAGGAAACAAAAGAGGCUGGCAUGGCAGAGGGAAGGGCAGAGAUGGAAGAAGACAGGGGAGAUCUGCCCAACGGAGAGGAUGACAACGACUCGGAUAGAGAUGAAGAUAACAGAUUAGUUGGUUGGAUAUUACAUGAAGAUAUGGAUGAGGACGAGGAAGAUGAGGAAGUGGACGAUGAGCAGUUAUUAGACGCUGAAGCAGUUGAGCAGGACGCCCCAGCUGAGCGCAGUGGUCAUAUAGCAGUGGUUGACAGAAACAUCAUGUAUGUGUGGGGUGGAUACAAGAAUGCUGAAAACCAUGGAUUCUUCGACUUGUAUCUGCCGAGAAACGAGAUCUGGACCUACAACAUGGAGUCAGGAGUCUGGACAAAGCAUAUAGCUGGAGGUAGCCUCCACACAUCAAUGUCAGGCAGCUGUGGGGUGUGUGUUGAUGGAGUUCUCUACCUUUUCGGGGGGCAUCACGCCCGGGGAAACACAAACAAGAUUUACCGCCUGCCCUUGAGAACUCCCAGCCUUGUGUGGGAGGAAAUGAGGGAUCUUAAAGGACUUCCGCCAUCAUCCAAGGACAAGCUGGGCUGCUGGGUUCAGAAAAACCGAAUUAUCUACUUUGGGGGCUAUGGCUACGCUGCACAGGGCACUCAUCGUGGGACUUUUGAAUAUGAUGAAUCGUCUUCUCUUGUGUGGGACAGCCCUGGGCGAGGCUGGAACAAUCACAUCCAUAUCCUGGAUCUGGAGACGUCAACGUGGAGUCAGCCAAUUACCACGGGGGACACCCCUUCACCCAGAGCAGCUCAUGCCUGCGCAACAGUUGGCAACAGAGGCUAUGUGUUUGGUGGCCGAUACAAGAACUACAGAUUAAAUGACCUGUACUAUCUUGACCUGGACACGUGGGAGUGGCAUGAAAUGAGCGUUCCCCAGCAGGGUCCAGUGGGCCGUUCCUGGCACUCCUUCACUCCUGUGUCACCAGACCACAUCUUCCUAUUUGGAGGUUUCACCACAGACAGGGAGACGUUGAGUGAUGCUUGGCUGUACAGUGUGAGCAAAAAUGAAUGGAAGCCUUUCAAACACAGUCACACAGAGAGCCCCAGGCUGUGGCACACAGCGUGCGCUGGUCCAGAUGGCGAAGUGUUUGCGUUCGGAGGGUGUGCCAACAACCUGCUGUCGCACCACAGAGCUGCACACAGCAAUGACCUGCUGGUUUUCAACGUUCAGCCCAAAUCAUUAGUUCGGUUCUGCAUGGAGACCAUCCUUCAGCACAGGGAGCGUUUGUCUAGCUACUGGGACUGUUUGCCUAAACACCUCCUGCACAGCCUCAAACAGAGAAUGGCACGUGUCAACACACUGGGCUCUUAGUUUAAGAGGACAAUUAGAGGACAAUAUGUAUGCGUGGAAGGGAUACAUGCUUUCUGAAAGCAGGUAGUCCUUUUCAUGUCAGUGGAUACUUUCAUACAUAAAAACCUCUCCAGGGAAUGCUGAACGGCUUCGGAUUUGUUAGAAAUGCGUCCCGCCUGACGCAUGAUGGUUCACAGGCCAUCCUCAAAACUGUUAAUCACCUUAUAGAUGUUGCCGGGACAACCAUCAUUGUUGAGUGGGGGUGAUGCGAUAGCACAUAGGAGGAGAAACCUCUCACUACUUUUGGGAUUAGCUUCUUUUUUUUUUUCUCUAAACAUUCUUUGCCCAUCUUAAUUUUGAUGAGUCGUUUCGACAGUGGUGAUGAAAAGCUUAAAUGACGCCGUCGUUUUCUGUCCAGAUUAGAUGCGUCUUAUGACGACAAAUGUGAACUAAAAACAAAACUUAAAUUCAUUAAGACAGUGAUUCCGUAUCAAACAACAAAUUAAAAAUAAGUUUGCUGUAAUUAUUACUAUAAUUUUUGAGAAUAUCUUGAAUACAGUGUUUACUGAUGUUGAAUGAUUUUCCUAAGUUCUCACAGACCUAAAACUCGUGCUUUAUGCUACACAUGACUAUCUACUUUAAGGCACAGAAAUGCUAACUUUAAGUUUUUAUGUGUAUAUAUGAUUAUUUAUAUAAUUGUGAGGAUGUGUGUGUGUGUGUGAUUCUGUACUUUCAAAGAGGCUCUUAAAGCCUGAAAUUGGAGAAAAUUGUUGAAAGUGGCUACUGUAGCAUACAAACUUAAUUUAAUCAAUAACUCACUGCAAGUUUAUUGGGGCUGCAGCUUUGUUUGGAAUUGCCUGGUUUGCACAAAAUUCCCUUGAUUGAUUUAGUUUUUUUCUUUUUAAGUGUGGGAUUAAAAAGACAUAUUAUUACUACAAUGCAUAAUUUGUACUCAGAAAAUAAACACAUGACAUAUUCAGCUUUGUUACAUGUUGUGGUUCACCAAAUACAAUCUCAAGAAUUCUGAAAAAAGGGCACACCACUGACAAAUAACCACCCAUGUCUGAAAUAUAGGUGAAGUCGGCAGAGUCUCAGUGACCCAGACUGAAGUGCAGUUCCGUGCUGAAGAAAUGCUGUGAAUUUCAAAAGUCUCUCCGGCUCGUGUCUUCUAUCCUUCAUUUUUUCUUGGCAGCCAGCAGGUUUGGAGCAGACACCUUGACUUUUCCCGGCAUGUUUCUGGAUAGGUCAGAAUCCUGCAGCACAGCGUCGUGAGAAAAGGGACAGUUUGAAUUGUAACACAAGGGAAAACUGCAACCAUGCCAUAACAGUUUCAGUUAUAGAUAAGAUUAUUCUAUUUUUACAGUUUGUUCGGUGGAAAAUGUGAAGUAAAAAAAAAAAACCCUGAAACAUCUGUUUGACCCUAAAUGUAAUCCAAUAAAGAUUCAGCAGCAGGUGAGA